CCAUGUCCUUACAGAUCCCCGGCCCACCAUUCCUCCCUAAUUUCCGGCCCAUACUCGGCCCAUAUCUCUCUCUCUCUCUUCAAAAAACCAAAUCUCCCACUCUCUCUCUCUCUAUAAUUUUAUUCACCUCUUCUCUGUCUAUCUCCCUCCCUCCUCUCUCUCUCUGUAAUGGAGCCUCCUCCAUGGCUGGACGAUUUAGCCGACGACCUCCAAAGCAUAAGUUUCACAUCCACCGCUACAACAACAACAACCACACUCCACCGGAGCACCAGCUCCGGCUCCUCCUCCGCCUCACUCACUCCUGCUCCCUCCACUCACACAUCUUUCUCCUCUAAAUCCACAAGCAAACACUCCCUCUCCCUCUCCCUCUCUGAUCUCCGCUUCUCCCUCCGCCUGGGUUCCGGCGACAUCGGUUCCGUUUACCUAGUCGAACUCAAAGCUAAACCUAAUGAGAAGGAAUCUCAGGUUUUUGCGGCGAAAAUCAUGGAUAAGAAGGAGUUAGUUAGCAGAAGUAAAGAAGGAAGAGCGAGGACUGAGCGGGAAAUACUUGAAACUCUGGAUCAUCCGUUUUUGCCUACAUUAUACGCUUGUAUUGAAUCUCAACGAUGGCUAUGUUUGCUAACGGAGUUUUGCCCCGGCGGUGACCUUCAUGUUCUCCGUCAACGCCAGCCUCUUAAACGAUUCGAAGAAACCGCUGUCAGGUUCUUUGCAUCGGAGGUGAUUGUGGCUUUAGAGUACCUUCAUAUGAUGGGGAUUGUUUACCGUGAUCUCAAGCCUGAAAAUGUUCUUGUUCGAUCAGAUGGUCAUAUAAUGCUCACUGAUUUUGACCUCUCGUUAAAAUGUGAUGAUUCUACGUCAACGCCUCAGAUCAUCUCCGACAAAAACCACGCUGCUGCAGCCCCAAAAAAUGACUACCGGGUUGAGCAUCCUCCUUAUACUUCAUCUUCAUGCAUUAUUCCCAACUGUAUAGUCCCUGCUGUUUCAUGUUUUCACCCAAGACGUAAACGCAAGAAGAAGAUGGGCAACCGUGGUGGGCCUGAGUUCGUAGCCGAGCCCGUUGAUGUUCGGUCCAUGUCAUUUGUUGGGACCCACGAGUAUUUGGCGCCGGAGAUUGUAUCCGGCGAGGGCCAUGGUAGUCCUGUGGAUUGGUGGACACUAGGAAUAUUCAUGUUCGAACUAUUUUAUGGGGUUACGCCUUUUAGAGGUGUUGACCAUGAGCUAACCCUGGCUAAUAUCGUGGCUCGAGCACUCGAGUUCCCUAAAGAACCAGCUGUGCCUGCCACAGCCAAGGACCUUAUUUCGCAGCUACUGAUUAAAGAUCCGGCAAGACGAAUGGGUUCCACCAUGGGUGCAUCGGCAGUCAAGCACCAUCCUUUUUUCCAAGGGGUUAAUUGGGCAUUGUUGAGAUGUACACCUCCACCAUAUGUUCCUCCACCAUUUAAUACAGAAGUUGUAUCAGAUGAAAGUUGUCCUGAGACCCCUGUAGAAUAUUAUUAGUAAUUUGAGCAAAAGAAUUAAUAAAUACCUCUCACAAUAGUCUGGUCAUUUCUUGAUUA